UUAGGGGCUGACUGGAAGCGUUGCGCGCGGGCGCACACACGCAUAUACAUACAUAUGCACAAACACGCAUAUAUACAUAUAUAAACAUUCAUCCAAGCGCGUGCAUGUAUACAUCCUAACGCGGCCCCACGGCACGGACAUAUUCCUCUUGGCUUUGACCCAGUGCUCUUCCCUGCCGUCCUCGUGAGACUCUGAUCUUAAAGAGAAAAAAUUGCAUAGCUCAUAAUCCUGUGGGGUAUUGGAAGCCAACCAAAUGGCAUCUUCUACUACUGUGCCUAUAGGUUUUCACUAUGAAACAAAAUAUGUUGUCCUCAGCUACCUGGGUCUCUUAUCACAAGAAAAACCUCAGGAGCAGCUCUCUCUGCCAACUCAAGUGACUGAUCCAUCUGUGGUCUCACAAGCUUUAGAUAAGGAAGUCCUGGAGAAAGCUAAAGCAGAAAUUGAGGAGGAAUUGAAACGUCUUGAUGAAGAAAUUUUGGAAGCUUUUACCAGCACAGGCUUUGACUGCCACACAUCUCCAGUAUUCAGUCCUGCCAACCCAGAGACUUCAAUAGAAGAUUGCUUAGCUCAUCUGGGAGAGAAAGUAUUCCAAGAAUUGAAAGAACCUCUUCAAAAGGCAUUAGAGACCCUACUUAGCAAACCAGUAACUUACAAGGAAUACAAGGAAAGGACACAGGAAGCAUCAGCUCAUGCCAGUGGAUGGAGCAAGGUUUUAGUGCCUCUGGUGAUCCUUCAGCGAUUCCUGAUGGAACUGACAAGACAGGGCCAAGAACCACUUGGGGCACUGCUGAAUUUUGGAGUGACCUACCUGGAGGACUAUGUUGCAGACUAUAUCAUCCAGCAAGGUGGAUGGGGUACUGUUUUUAGUUUGGAUUCUGAAGAAGAGGAGUACCACGGAAUAAUUGCCGAAGACAGCAAUGACAUCUACAUCCUAACUAGUGACAACUCAGGUCAGGUGAGCCCUCCUGAGUCACCCACAGUGACAACAUCUUGGCAGUCGGAGAGCUUGCCAGUUUCUUUGUCAGCUAGCCAGAGUUGGCAUACUGAGAGCUUACCUGUCUCGUUGGGGCCUGAGUCUUGGCAACAAGUGGCUAUGGAUCCUGAAGAAGUGAAGAGUUUGGACAGCAAUGGAGGUGGGGAAGAAAGGAGUGAAAAUAACUCUUCAAACUCUGAUAUUGUUCAUGUUGAAAAGGAGGAGAUACCAGAGGGGGUUGAGGAAACAGUGGUGUCAGAAGUGGUCCUGCAGGCUGACACUGCAAAGUCUGCUUCCCCAGAACUUCCAACUGCAUUGCUGGAGUCAGAAGCUGAAAUUGUGUCUCUUAAAAAGCCAAGCUCCUCUGCACCUUCACAUACGGAACACCAGAAAGAGGGGAAAGAGGUGCCGCCGCCAGAACCUGAAGCUCCAGCCUUGAGUAAACCUGCCCAGCAAUUAACUCAGCCAGAAGAAAAAGCUACCCCCAAACCUGAAAGAAUACUGCCUCCAGAAGAAAUAAAGGCCAGAAAGGAAAGCUAUUCUGAAGAAAAGGAAGAGAAGGCCCCUGCUGGAGAGGAGAAACCCAUCCUCUUACCAGAAGGCAAAUCAAUUCUACUAUAUGGUGGGGCAGCUGCAGUGGCCAUCCUAGCUGUGGCAGUAGGUGUAGCACUAGCAUUGAGGAAGAAGUAGUGAACGCCUCUCCUCAAGGAGGUAGCGCCUGAAUCUACACUUAGUUGCAUUGGCUGAGGGUUGUGGUGCCUGCUGUUAAUGGGAAAUUCAUGUAGCAAAAAGGGUGAUGGGGCAAGGGUAAACUAUAAGGCUAAGCCUGGGGACAAUCAUGUUUUUAGUGGACUGGUAUCAGAUAUUCCUGUUUAACAUAUAGGGGUGUCAUUUUGAGAACCCCUGCACAUUUAAUAUGUAUGUAUAACUGAGAAAUGGGGAUGCUUAUACACUGGAAACCGGCACAGAACAUUCCAGGGGAAAAGGAAAGUUUGUUGUUAUCCCUGGAGAUUUCCCUUCCAUAGCUGCUCUUGCAGCUUCUUGGUUCCCCCUUAACCUCUUGAACGAGAGGCUCUUCAAUCCUGUAGCAUGAGGUUGGUAGCUCUUUUGUCUUAGCUUCCUCAGGUAUUGCACAGCUCCUCUUGACUUCCCAGCUCUUAAACCCCAGUGGGUUAGUGCUUAUUCAAUACCUCUUUGCUUUAUACCUUUUCUACCCCCUCAUAUAUUUAAUGAAAUUCUUAAAGCUCUUUAAUGUUGGGUGGGUAAAGCAAUAUUCUCCCAUGCAGGGAUGAAAUUAUAAUAGUUUGGUGGGAAGACAUAUUCUUUGAUCCCUCAUGUGUAUCUGAUCUCUGCUACUUUUGUGUUUUCCUUCCCCCUUUGCCCUUUUAAUGUAUCCUGUUUUUUAUAUCUGUUAAGUUAUCAAAAGACCCUUUUAUCAUUCUGAUGAAUGAAAAGGAGAAAUGUUCAGCAGUUGUUAAGCUGAACUGGCACCACUUGCAAAGUCAAAAUAUAAGCACCUGCUUUGGACAUCUUUUCCCUGUUGUUUGCACAAAUUUAAGUGUGAAAGACGCUUAGCCUUAAAUUGACCUUGACCACUGAUAAAAAGCCAAGCACAAGGUCUUCAAAGAAAUGAAUUCCCGUAGUUCAGCCGAAGCAGCAUUGUGCUGUCCCUCCCAGUUGUUUGCCUGGUUUUGGGCUGUAGAGUGAAUGGUGACCUGAAAGCCAGUAAGUCAUGCAAACUUACCAGAUAAUAGCUACCUGUGGACAGUUUAUUUUAAAUCCAGCCAGGUAUGAUUUCUACCCAAGAGGAAUGAAAUAAGAUAUGUUUUAUCAGUGUUUGGUGCUCUGUGUGUGAUGGAAACAAAAUUUAAAUAUUACUACUCUUGGCGUUUGCUAGCUCUAUGGAGUGGAAGCUCUCGUGUCCUUCAAGCAAUUGCUGCAGCUUGUUUGGGCUAGAGAUGUGCUGAGAAUGCUGAGAUGUGUAUAAAUCAAAAGUAAAAAAAAAAACCUUUUCCAAACUUUUUAAAAUAUCCAAGCUCCACCAUAGUAGACAUAUUCAAACUUCCCCCCUCGUUAUUCUGCUAACCAAAGGAUGCUGAAUGAAUCCCUCUCCCCCUCCCCACUUCCUGGUGUACUAAUUGGAUAUGAUUACCUGUCUGGCAAUCAGGAACGUCUUUACUAUAGUGCUAUUUAGGAAUGUGAAAGUGUUGAGUAGUGGUUUUCUCUAGCUCCUUGCCAUAGCUGCCUUUUCCAGUUACCCUCUGCAGAACAGAUGAUCAGGAAAUUCCUAAGAUUCCCUUCAACCACGUUUGUAGACUGAACUUUUCCAUUCAUGUAUUGUAAAUAAAAGAAUCAUCAUCUCAAAUUAUCACAUGUAUACCCAUCAUGUGGCAGUGGUGAUAUUCUUCUUCUAUAGUGCUUGUGUUUGGAGGCAAUGUCUUGGCAACAUGUGGCCUAUUCAUUAUGACCUGUGUUGAAUUUUUUUGUUUCAAAAAUUCUUAAGGCUCAAUUGCUU